AUGGCAGUGCCAUUUUUCAAUUCCUGGGCUCUCUGGGAGAAGAUGACAUUUGUAUUAGCUGUGAUGAUACUCGCUGUUUUUGGCGUCGGAUACGCUAGAUUGAUAUGGAGGAAUCGAUUCGUGAGGAGACAAGAGCAGAUUAACGAGGAGAAGAGAAUAAGGCUUCUUGAAUUGAGAAGGAGUGGCCAGUCCGUCGAGUCACGGAAGAGCCAGGAAGUGCCAUUUGGAGUCAGAGCAAUUCAAAGUGGUAUCCAAGUUGAUGGGAUCUGGAUUUCGAAUAACACCUUACCGAUAGCCACUAUUCCCAAGCUUGGCCAUCUGCGAGGCACCUCGACCAAUCUUGCUACUAGUUCACCUACAAGUGCUCGAAGAUCUAUGGACAUUGCCCUACAAGAUGUAAGACCUUUAUCGACCGGCGGACGGCCACUGGUGAGACAAAGCGCGCCCCUUGGCUUGCCCCGCGGAUCGGACCACGAGCCUCAAGAAAUCCUUGGUGACCACAUGUCAUUCAAACCCAGGCAGUCAUACCACCCUCGUUUCAAUAGCCAUGGGGAAGUGCCAUUCAAUGAAGGGACCCUUGGUCGGCUGGAAGGCAAGACAUCAGCGAAGAAAGUCAAGUAUCAUCGACUAUCGGAAAGUUAUUCUACAGAGCAGAAAUGCAAUUCAUCUUCUGGCGCUGUAGCCAACAACGAACGAUCUUCUCUUUCUUAUUUGGACACAGGUAUGCCAAAAAGUAUAGAAACACGAGCGGGUAUUCAAAACCAAUCAAUGUCUCGAUUUGCAGCCCGAUCCUCCAGCUUUCAGCCUUUAGCGAAUCUUUCGAAAAUGCCAUUCCUUCCUCAAACUUCGUACACAGAAUACUCCUCAAUUCCUAUUGAAUCUCCAGAGAGCGAAAAUUCAGAUCCUUUCGAGAAGGUACCUACAAGCCAUGCGGAGUCCUCAGUAUGGCCCAAGGCUGCGAAUGCACAAACUGGGCAGGAAUUCACCGUCUUUUCCGAAUCACAAGUCCCGGUUUCACCUCAAACCCAAGCCCGACCAUCGUUCCAACCCGGAGAAUUACAUGCUAACAGAGUUAUACGAAAAGUUAAUUCUGGAUUCGAAGUACUCCCAGCUGGUACCUUUGGCGUUCCUCCAGAGUUCAAAGCCAAGGGAGUGGAGCAAGAAGAGCGACAGGCUUCUGAUGAUAAGAAGAGACAUUCAAAUCGGCUUCAGAAGAAAGGCCAGAACCCAAUGGCUUAA